ACUGUGUACAAAGGAAUGUUACCUGAUGGCAGUAUCAUUGCUGUGAAGAAACCAAAUGCAGUUAAUAAAAGCCAGAUUGUGCAAUUCAUAAAUGAAGUUAUCAUUCUAUCGCAAAUCCAUCAUAGAAACAUUGUGAAGCCUCUGGGUUGUUUGGAGACUAAGGUACCAAUACUGAUAUACAAGUUCAUCGUUAAUAGAACGCUCUCCCAUCAUAUUCAUGAUCACCCCCAAGAACACAAGUCUUCGCUUUCAUGGGUGCAUCGGCUCAGAAUCUCUUGUGAAGUUGCCAGAGCAGUAGCUUAUAUGCAUUCUGCAGCCUCGAUCCCCAUCAUUCUUCAUGACAUCAAAUCAGCAAAUAUACUCCUUGAUGAAAAGUAUAGUGCACGAGUUUCCAAUUUCAGAACUUCAACAUCUAUUCCUGAUGAUAAAACACACUUGACCACAGCAGUCCACAGAACCUUUGGAUACCUGGAUCUGGAGUACUACCAACCUAAUCAAUUCACAGAGAAAGGCAAUAUGUAUAGCUUUGGGGUUGCACUCAUAGAGCUUUUAACCGGCAAAAAACCUUUCUUGUUCGCCAUAGACAUAGAAGAGAGGAGCCCAAUUGCAUACUUUAUCACGUUAGCGAAGGAGAACCAGCUCCUUCAGGUUUUAGAACAAGUACCAGAAGACGCAGAGGAAGAAGAAAUUCAAGCAAUUGCAGAGCUAGCAAUGAGAUAUUUGAGAUUGAAUGGGAAAAAGAGACCUACCAUGAAAGAGGUGGCGGUGGAGCUCAAAGGACUGAGAAGAUCUCAGAGAUGCAUAGAAAUCUACCAAGAGCCUCAGCCAUUGAGAGAUGGUGAUCAGAAUGCAUAUGCGCACAGUGCUGAAGAAACUAGACAAGAUUCAAUAUCAGACAGCAAAGUAGGUCCUUUACAGAUGGAAUCUUCAUCAUUUUAGACAUCAGUUCUUUAUAGUAAUGCAUGCUUUCGGAAAGUACAUACAACUUCUGCAAUAGCUAGUAUAAUUCUCAAAA